AUGAGAAGGAAUUCUUCAAACAUCGCUUCAUCAUAAGCUGCUGAGUGGGCUGAGAAAAAGAAGUAGUAGCUUGAAAAAGCUAAAUAGCUAAGAGAAGAGAGGAAAGGAAGCUAAAUAAGAUCUCAGCCAUAAGAUGAUUUCAUUGGCUAAGGCAACCAGUUUGGAGGAAACAGAAUAGGGACUGCAAACUUAGGCUAAUAAAAUCCUCAUCAAUUUGGAAACUAGGCUUAGAAUUCAAGAGCAUAGCCUUAAAAGCAAAAUAAUUAUUAAAGAUAAGAGAAUCAUGAAUAAGAUUUCGGGUUCAAUAAUUAAUAAUAAGUCAGGCAAACUAUAGGAUAAGGGAUUGGAUACGCUGCACAAAAAUCUAAUCUUUAAUAGCUUAAUAAGCAUGGAGGACCGAUGAAAGCUUAAGCUAUGAAUUUCAAUGAGGAUAUUUAGUAACAAUAAUACGAUAGGAUGACUUCAGCAUAAAAUUAGAGAUAAAGUCAAGCAGUAUCAAAGUUAGGAUAAGGUGUACAAAGCAGAGUUUCUAACUAAAAUAAUGGAAUGGGCUAUCAAUAAUAUGAUAACAAUCAAGGAAGAGUAGUCUAACCUUAGCAAAAUAAUAGGCCUCCUGUUUCGAGUAAUUUUUAGUAAAAACCACUAGUGUCUCAGUAAUAGAAAAUGUAAAGGCCUCCAAGUAGCAAUUUAGGUGUAAGAGGAUAAAAUCAGAUGAAUUAUUAUGAAGAGGAAUCUAAAAAGAUAAAUUAGCCAAAUUAAGACCUAAAAAAGAGGCCUUAAAGCGGUAUUCCAUAAAAAAGACCUCCCUCUGCAUCAACUAACAAUUAAGGAUUUGGGUAUUAGUAGUAAAAUAGUUAUAGGGAUGAAGUAUCAAAAUAACCAGUGAGUAAACCGGCUGCAAAAGUUAGAGGGCCACCAGCGAUGGCAUUUGCAUAGCCUAAGGAUAUGCAUUUAAAUGAGUGUCCUAGUUGUGGAAGAUCUUUUAAUGAUGAAGCUUAUGCUAAGCACUCAAAAAUUUGCAAGAAAGUGUUUCAAAGUAAAAGAAAAGUAUUUAACUCACAGGCUAAAAGAAUGAUAUCUAAUGAGUAGAAGUAAAUGCUAGUCAGAUAAAAGAAAUAGGAAUAGGUAAAGCCUGAUAAUCAGAGAAGAGCUCAAUAACCAUUAGGGCCAGCGCCUAAAUGGAAAAGUUAAAGUGAACAAUUCAGAUAGGCAAUGAGAGCAGCUAGAGGAGUGAAUCCCUAGCCUAACUUAUAUUAAGGUUAAGGUUAUGGUUAGGGUGCUGGAAGAGGCGGAGGAGGUUAACGAGGAUAUGCUUAACCUCCACCACAACAGUAAUAUGAUGAUCGUAAAUAAUGUCCAUACUGCCAGAGAAAGUUUAGUGAAGUUGCAGCAGAUAGGCACAUACCUCAUUGUAAAACUAAAACUAUGGAUGUUAAUAAAAGAGUUGGAGGAAAUGCUCGUGGUAAUUCUUAAAUAGGCGGUGGAAAAGGAGCAAAUAGAAGAUGA